AUGGCCAACAAUGAGAGGGUGUCCAGCUGCUCAGUGCAGGAGCUGCGCGUGCUCAUGCAGCUGAGAGGAGAGGAGGCACUAAGUAGGAUCCAUGAGUCUUAUGGAGACGUUAACAGACUGUGUGCCAAACUGAGGACGUCACCUGUUGGUGGUUUAGAUGGAAACUCUGAGGACAUCAGAAGAAGAAAAAAACAGUUUGGAGCAAAUUUCAUCCCUCCUAAAAAGCCAAAAACCUUUUUGCAGUUAGUGUGGGAAGCCCUGCAGGACAUAACACUCAUCAUCCUGGAAGUGGCUGCCAUCAUUUCAUUAGGUCUUUCUUUCUACUCACCACCAGAUGCUGACAGAAAGCACUGUGGCUCAGCAGCUGGUGGUGUAGAGGAGGAGGGCGAGGCGGAGGCUGGCUGGAUUGAAGGCGCUGCCAUCCUGCUCUCUGUGGUUUGUGUGGUUCUGGUAACGGCAUUCAACGACUGGAGCAAAGAGAAGCAGUUUCGCGGCCUCCAGAGCCGCAUUGAGCAGGAGCAGACGUUCACCGUGGUCCGAGGGGGCCAGGUUGUUCAGAUCAAAGUGACAGAGAUUGUCGUCGGUGACAUCGCACAAGUUAAAUAUGGUGACCUCCUUCCUGCUGACGGCGUCCUGAUUCAGAGCAACGAUCUCAAGAUUGAUGAGAGCUCUCUGACUGGAGAGUCGGAUCAUGUCAAGAAGAGUUUGGACAGAGACCCUAUGAUGCUCUCAGGUACCCAUGUGAUGGAGGGCUCUGGUAAGAUGGUGGUUACUGGUGUAGGUGUGAACUCUCAGACUGGAAUCAUUUUCACGCUGCUUGGUGCCGGCGAUGAAAACAGUAGCGAAAGCAAGGAAAAAGAAGAGGAGCCGAAGAAGACAGAGAAGAAGGAAAAGCACAGCAAGUUCAAUUCACUUUACUUUAAAGAGAAACAAGAUUCUUCAAUUAUCACAAUUCACAAGAAAAACAAAGUUGAAGCUGCUGAGAUGCAGCCAAUCAAAGAGGAUGAACAACCAGAGAAGAAGAAGAAAAACGUUUCCAAGAAGGAGAAGUCAGUCCUCCAGGGGAAGCUGACCAAACUGGCAGUGCAGAUUGGCAAAGCAGGUCUGUUUAUGUCAGCUCUCACCGUCCUCAUACUUAUCACUCGUUUCCUGAUCGACACCUUCUGGAUUCAGGGAGUUGCCUGGUCCAGAGACUGCCUGCCCAUCUACGUGCAGUUCCUAGUCAAGUUCUUCAUCAUCGGUGUGACUGUGCUGGUGGUGGCCGUGCCAGAAGGUCUCCCUCUGGCGGUCACCAUCUCCCUGGCCUAUUCAGUCAAGAAAAUGAUGAAAGACAACAACCUAGUCCGCCACCUGGACGCCUGUGAGACGAUGGGCAACGCAACGGCAAUCUGCUCAGACAAGACGGGCACGCUCACCAUGAACCGCAUGACAGUGGUACAGGCCUUCAUGGCAGGACGCUACUACAAGAUAAUGGCGCAGCCGGACCAGAUCCUCCCAAUGAUCCUGGAUCUCCUCAUCACGGGCAUCAGCGUCAACUGCGCUUACACCUCCAAGAUUUUGCCUCCAGAGGCUGAGGGCGGGCUGCCCCGCCAGGUGGGGAACAAGACUGAGUGUGCCUUGCUAGGAUACACCCUUGCGCUGCACAAAGACUACCAGACUGUUCGCAAUAAGUUCCCUGAGGAGAAACUGUUCAAGGUGUACACCUUUAACUCAGUGAGGAAGUCCAUGAGCACCGUGCUGAAGAACCCUGAUGGCAGCUACCGCAUGUUCAGCAAAGGGGCCUCUGAGAUACUGCUCAGGAAGUGCUCUAAGAUCCUGAUUGACACCGGUGAGGCCACAGUCUUCAAAGAUCGGGACAAAGACGAGUUGGUAAAAAAAGUGAUCGAGCCGAUGGCGUCAGAAGGCCUGAGGACCAUUUGCCUUGCCUACAAAGACUUCCCCACCGAUGACGGAGAGCCAGACUGGGACAACGAGAGCAACAUCCUCUGUGGCCUCACCUGCAUUGCUGUGGUUGGCAUUGAAGACCCUGUGCGACCUGAGGUACCAGAUGCCAUCAAAAAGUGCCAACGGGCAGGGAUCACUGUCCGCAUGGUGACAGGAGACAACAUCAACACUGCCCGUGCCAUCGCCAUCAAAUGUGGCAUCCUGCUACCUGGAGAUGACUUCUUGUGUCUGGAAGGCCACGAGUUCAACCAACGGAUCCGCAACGAGCAGGGAGAGGUUGAUCAAGAGCUUUUUGAUAAGGUUUGGCCAAAACUGCUCGUUCUCGCCAGAUCGUCUCCAACAGACAAACACACUCUGGUUCAAGGUAUCAUCGAAAGCACAGCGCUGGAGCAGAGACAGGUAGUUGCCGUAACUGGAGACGGAACAAAUGAUGGACCCGCCCUCAAGAAAGCGGACAUAGGCUUCGCCAUGGGCAUUGCAGGUACGGAUGUGGCGAAGGAGGCGUCUGACAUCAUCCUGACAGACGAUAACUUCAGCAGCAUUGUGAAGGCCGUGAUGUGGGGCAGGAAUGUCUAUGACAGCAUCUCCAAGUUCCUGCAGUUCCAGCUCACCGUCAACGUGGUUGCCGUCAUCGUGGCCUUCACUGGAGCCUGCAUCACCCAGGACUCUCCUCUGAAAGCCGUGCAGAUGCUGUGGGUCAACCUCAUCAUGGACACUUUCGCCUCGCUGGCUCUCGCCACUGAACCGCCAACUGAAGCGCUGCUGCUCAGGAACCCAUACGGCCGCAAUAAGCCACUCAUCUCCGCCACAAUGCUGAAGAACAUCCUGGGACAUGCUGUGUACCAGCUGAUUGUCAUCUUCACCCUGCUCUUUGAGGGUGAGAAGAUGUUUAAUAUUAAGAGCGGCAGGAACGCCCCCCUCCACUCCCCACCCUCUGAGCACUACACCAUCGUGUUCAACACUUUCGUUCAGAUGCAGCUGUUCAACGAACUAAAUGCCCGCAAGAUUCACGGCGAGCGGAACAUCUUCAAAGGCAUCUUCAACAACCUCAUCUUCUGCACCAUCCUCCUAGGAACCUUCAUUGUACAGUUCAUCAUUGUGCAGUUUGGUGGUAAACCGUUUAGCUGUGUGAGUCUGAGCGUUGAGCAGUGGCUGUGGUGCGUCUUGCUGGGACUCGGCAGUCUCGUGUGGGGACAGGUGGUGACCUGCUUCCCCACUAGCUGGCUCAAGUACCUGGGGACAGCAUGUCAGUGCACUCAGCGGGAUGGGAUCCAAGAGGAUGAGAUGAAGGACCAAGAUGAGACUGACCAAGCUGAGGAGGAGAAGGAAAAGGGGAACUGGUUCCGCAACCGGAACCGCAUCAAGAGACAGAUCCAUGUAAUGACCGCCUUCAGAGACAGCCUGUCUCCUUAUGAAAGUCUGGAGAAACACGGUUCUCGCAGUUCCAUGGACAUCUUAAUGGCCCAACACAAGUUACAUAGCAAGGAGUCUGUGCCUCAGAUGUCACUGAUCAAUGAGGCUGAGUAG